GCCAUCUCUUGCUUUGGUGAUAUCGCCAAUGAGCAACAACACCUAUGGGACCACCAAUUCAAUCAUGUACUCGGGUUCACUUGCCCCUGUUAAUUAUGACCUACUUGAUGCACCCAAAACCCCAGGCGUGGUCGUAUCGGAACCUUUUUCAUUCAUCAUAGAUCCAACCGAGGGCCAUUCAUCGAAUACUCUGGAUUCGUUUACCGGUGUUUCGCUGCCAGACUCACUCAUUGAAGCUUCAAUUCAUAGUGUCAAGUACUCAUCGGAGACCUGUUCUCCUACUUCUGAUCUGGUGAUUGAAGAAGUUUCAAAAGAGAUCACAUUGGCCUACCCUUCCCAGCAUAGCCUCCGUGAGUGCAUCUCAUCUCCCUCUUCAGAAAUAGUCCUAGACCAAGAAGUCUCUCCUGCUUUCCGCAUUUCGACUGUUACUCCCAAUUCAUCACUUCCUUCAUCAAAUGAGAAUUGUUUUACCAAGCAUUCUGUUGAUUUUUCAAGCAGUAAUACGUCUGCUCCUCGCACAGCAGAAACUUCUUCAACCUGUGCCGUUUGCAGAGAUGAGGUUUCCGGUGAAGUAGAAGUUACCCAGUUACAAAACCAACUUACUUCCAUGUCUCAGAGGCUUAUUGCUACCCAAAAUCAGGUUGAUCGUUUAUUGGAGGAGAAGCGCAAUUGGCUCGAAUCUUCUCAAUCCAACAAAUGGGUCCCAAUUCAACUGACAAAUGGCGAGCUUCGCGGACGUUUAGUCCAAGCGAAGGCCAUGGCAGAGAACUAUAAGCAGGAAAAAGAAACUAUGGUCGUCAAAUAUGCCCAGUCUGAGCAAAAACGUAUGCUUCUUGAACAACGGCUACGAGCUCUGCAGCUGCAUGUUGACCAAAUGUCAAAGGGAAGCAUUCCCGACGCUUCGAAACCACUGCAGCCGGUAACAGCUGAACUACGCGAGUUACAACAGAAGCUUCUACAAGCGGAGAAAGAUCUGGUUAUUGCUCGGGAUCAAAUUGAAUCCUUGAAGAAAAGCAACGACGCUAAUGAAGCACGUGUACGCGCUCUCGAAGAGCAACUGUUUCAAGCACAAGACAACCUUCGGAUCGAGCAGAAAAAACUCACUACGCAGAAUGACGCGAUCAUCCGACUGAAUCGUUCAUUAGAAACAGUUGCCAAGCAGGCCAAGGAGGUUGAGCGUUUGCGUGAACGAGAGGCCAGAAGGCUGUGUAUGGAAGUUGCUUAUCAAGAAUCACAAGAUCAGCUGAAGCAAUUACAAACGGAGUAUGCUCAAUUAAAUGAACAGGUUCAUCUUCUUGAAGGCCUUAAAUUGGAGGUUGUCGAAAAGGACCAACGUUUGUCGGAAUUGAAGUGUUUGCAAGCAGAGUUAUCCGCAUUACGUGCUGAACUGGAUGCCUCCAAGCAACACGAGCAUGAGUUAUCCGAGUUCACUCGUCGUUUAACCGAACAGAAUGCUAAUCUACAGGCUGAGAACAUAUUGUCACUCAGUCGACUGAAUGAAACCGAACUGCUUCUGAACAGCCGUGAACAACAAAUGAUUGAAGCUAUUUCUCAGACUGACGUAACUGGUUUUGACUACCAGUUACACAAGGAACAGUUAGAACAGCAACUCAGUUACUUGCGGUGUGAGCUUACUCGAGUUUGUCAAUCGGAGGCUGAUUUACGCUCUCUUUUGGCUUCGGAGCGAGAACAAGCCAAUGUCAGACGCAGACGCGACCUUGGUCGCAUACGUGAUGUGGCUCGACAGCUGGCCCUUUCUUAUCAGCGCGAUACGCACACAAUCGGCUUUUCCACUUGUGCGUCUGUGGUUGAUUCUCCCUCUAUCCGUGAGCCCUGUUCGGGCCCGUUCUCUGGCCUCGUUCAAUCCACUGUGUCGUCAAAGAUUUCCUCAUCACUCACAAAGUCCGAGCAGAUCGUGAUCUUGGAUAACGGGCUGGUCACUACCGAUGUACCGCGAUCUCCUUCACCGCCGUCGGUCUCGUCUGUGGACCCGAUGGAUAAUCAGGGAAUAAAUUCAGAGCACUCAGCAUGCAUAACUAAAAUCCUUCGGCUUCAGCAAAAUCAGCUAGACCUUACUGAGGAGCUGGAAUUCCUCCAAGAACAUUGUCGCAGACUUACCGAGGAGAUAAGCAAGAAAAGUCGCAUUAUUUAGGAGAAUCUGAACACGUUGGGCUGUGAAGUUUCUAGCCGAAAUCCCCUUAUUCACGGUUUUCGCAGCAAGUUGUGCACAGAUUGUGUAGCAACUGUGGAUAGCAUUUGCGAAGUAAUGUGACAACCCAUGGAUUUUUACUGGGUUACAACAGAAUUAUCCUACUGUGCGCGUGCCGUGAGAUUUGUAUUAUUUUCUUCGCUUGGUUCUUCCAUCUGCAUUUCAACUAGUUUUGUUCUGUCUAGGUCCCACAAUCGUACUUCGACUUUGCCAUUAUUUUUUAUACUUUCACUUUGCCAUGCCCCCAACAUGGUCAUCGUGUACCGCAUUCAGGAUGUCUUGUUCCUUUAAUCGCAUUUCGUCAGCCCUCCAGUCAACGAUUACACGUGUGUCUGAGGUUGUCUCCUUGUCAUUUUCUUUCGCAAAUUAUCUCCCCAUUCGUCCGUCCUCUCUGCCCACCUCUCGGUGUUGGAACGUCGUUCUCUGCAUUUCCAACCUGUCCUUUUUUAUGCGAAACCCACUACAUGAGCUACUGCGGGUAGCUCAACCGUCAACACGCAUUUUUCUUCGUUCCUGUCAUGCAUUUCAGGACUUGUGGGUUGAUACGCCUGCCUUUCAUGCUCCGAACACUCGGGGAGCUGAACAGCUUCGCACACUUCCGCUUGCUGGACCCAUCAUCUGCCGCAUUGCUUCCACAAUCCCACUCACUGCGCCUUCAUUCAUGUGCUUGUUUCCUCGUUCGUUUCAUCUAGCGAUACCUUAUAACGGGCACCCGGGUAUCAGUGACCACCUAUUGUGUGUGACUGGUCAUAUGAGUGCUAGGUGACACUAUUUCGGAUUACACAACAUUCCUUUUAUUCAAUAUUAGUUCCACUCUACCAGUGUCUUGUGUGUUGGCAUUGGCUCGAAGUUCAACCAACAUAAUCCCUUGAUUUUGACGAUUCCAUAUUUAUACGCACUGUUUGCUAAUGCUGAUACGCCACUUUCUGUGUCAUGGACCUUUUACUCAACCUUCUAGAGACUAGAUCUGCGACAACCCAAAAAUUAUUCGUAGCUUGAAUGUCUUUCUUUUACUGUAACGCAACUGUGUUUAUUUGACUAUUUUUUGCUACUUACUCUAUGCCCAUAUGUGUUUGCAUCCGUUGGUCAUUUGUCUCUGCUCACUGCCUUGGUGCCGUGAAUGUCCACUCCCAAUCGCUGCAUCCUCCCACAUCCCUUAGCAGUUUGUACGAAUACAUUGUGCUGCAAUUG